AUGGCAGCGUCCGAUCGAUCAGACAAGAUGACCUCAGCCAACUCGCACACUCAAGCCCACCUCUCAGCGGUACAAGAGGAGCUCGGACGUGUCAACAAAGAGCUCGAAGAAACCAACGAGGCAAUCCAAGCCGAACAGAAGCGCUUUGCCGACGACACCAAUGCCUUCCUCGAGUUCAAAAGCGAUCUGCAGUUAUUCCAGGUGCUACAGGACAGGUUCCAGGCACUUCUUAACAAGCUGUCCGCAGACUACAAGAAACUGAGCAAAGACUUCGACGGCAAUAUUGAAGUAUUUCUGCAGUUGAAGGGAGAACUGGACGACUAUGAGGCGCACUCUACUCUUCCUGAGGACUCUUAG